AUGAAUAUUAAAGUAUUGAUCCUGGCCUUAUUGGUUGCUCUUAUAACAAGCUAAUAGUAUAGUAUUUCUUAAUGUGAUUGUUCCUAAUUGUUAUCAGAAGAUGAUUGCUAAAAAAAUGAUAUCGAUCAAAUAAGACAUGUAAAAACUAGGAUACAACAACUAAUCCAGUUGUAAACUAUGCAAAAUAUUGUGAUAAUUUUAAAGAAAUGGAAUGUCCAAAACAAAAACCAUGUAGCAAUUGUGGAUCUUACUCUGCAUGUGCUUGGGGUCGAUGGAUAGUGUACAUUUUUUACAGAUUGCACAGCAUUUAAUAAAACAACAGAUUCAGAUUGUUAAGCUAUUAGUAAUAAAUGUAUUACUGAUGGAACUCAUUGUGUUGAAAUUGAUACUUGUGAUAAAUAUAAAAAACAAUAAUCUUGUGUAAAAAGCUUAUUAGAUAAUUUUUGUUAUUGGGAUACAAAAAAUAAUAAUUGUGUUGAUGCUGAUACUUGUGAUAAAUUACCAAUUAAAUUUUAAACAGAUAAAGAAUGUAGACAUGAAAUACAAAGUUGUACUGCAAAAUCAGGAGGUGGAUGUAUUGAUAGCGGAAUUAAUUGUAGUGAUUAAAUUUUAGAAAUUUAAUGUUUUUGGGAUUAAUCAAUGAAAAUGGAAUGUUAUUGGAAUGGAACGUAAUGUAAAGAUAGGAUAUGUGAUAAUGCACCUACCACUUUAAAUAAUGAUGAUGCUUGUAAAUUAUUCAAAACUGAUGGAUCAUGUACAACAAAACUAAAUGGUGGAUGUAUUACUAGAACUACUUGUUAAGCUGCUUCAAUAUAAGCUGCAUAUUGUUAUUGGACUGGAACUGCAUGUGUGGAUAAAAUAUGUUCAAAUGCACCAACUACAUUAACAACUAAUUCAGCUUGCGAAACUUUUUCAAAAGGAUGCAUAACAAAGUAAGGGGGAGGAUGUGUUCUAAAUGGAGAUUGCUCAGCUGCUAAUAUUUCAACUGCAUGUGUUAAAAAUAUCAAUAAUUUUGAUUGUAUUUGGGAUUCAACUUGCAAAGAGAAAACAUGUGUAAAUGCUCCAAAAUCAAAUACUACUCAUGAUUAAUGUACUUCUUAUUUAUCAACAUGUACAGUUUAAUAAGGAGGAGGAUGUCAAUAGAGAACGUGUGACAAUGCUCCUAUAACAUUGAAUACAAAUGAUGCAUGUGAAACUUAUUUACCUGCAAAUAAAUGUAUAACCAAAAAUGGAGGUGGAUGUACAAUAAACACCACUUGUUCACUCAUCUCAAUAGAUGUUGCUUGUAUCAAAAAUUCAUUAGGCUAAUCUUGCUUUUGGCAUGUUGCAAGUGGAAGUUGCAAAGACAAAAUUUGUGUAAAUGCUCCCUCUAGUAAUAAUAGUCAUGAACUUUGUUAAUAAUUUUUGAAUUCUUGCACUGUGAAUUCUACAAAUACAGGAUGUGUAGAAAAAACUUGUGAGAAUUCAUUAACUUUAUCAACUUGUGAUAAAGACUUAAACAACAACAUGUGCAUUUGGAAAGCAAGAUGUUAUAAGAAAUAAUGCGCAAUGGCUUCAAGUUCAAUAACAUCUCAUUCUGAGUGUUAAACUUAUUAUUCAAGUUGUACAUUAAGCAACACUGGAAAAGGAUGUGUUACAUUACCUCUCAAAUGUGAAGCAAUUACAAUAGAAGCUGCUUGCAAGAUAAAGGCUAAUAAAUAAUCUUGUGGUUGGACAGGAUCUUAAUGUAUUGAAAAAGCUUGCAAUACUGCGCCAAAAACUAUUUAAACAACUUUAGACUGUCAAACUUACUUAUCUUCUUGUGUUGCUAAUAAUCCAGUUACUGAUGCUAAGAUUUACCUAAAACUUGCGAUUCUAGAAAAUCAUCUGAAAAUUGUAAUAUUACAAGAGCAGCAUUUCCAACCUGUUUUUGGGAUUCUUCAUCUAACAAAUGUGUUGAAGAAAUCCUGUACAACUGCAAAUUUAUCAGGCACACCAGGAGCACUUUCAAAAGGUUAUAUGAGCACAUGCACAACUACUAAUGCUCAAGGUAGUUGUACUCAAACAUCAUAUCCUUGCAUUUCAAAUAAUAUUUAAGAUGGAUGUAUGGUUAAGCCCACAAGUUGUUCAUAGUUAGUUCAGUAAAAUUGUAAAGAUGGAUCUAAAUCUAUUGGAGAUUGUUAUUGGAAUGGAUCUAAUUGUGUUGAAAAGAUAUGUACUAAUAUAAUAUUAAAAACACAUAACGAUUGCUAUAAUAUAUUCAAUCAAUGUACCGUCAAUGAUGAUGGCACAGCAUGUAUACCAUUAGCCACUGCUUGUAAUUCAUAUAAAAUUUAAGAGAAUUGUAAAAUUUCAUCUACAUAGAAGAAUUGUUAUUGGACAGGAAUAGUUUGUAGAAAUGCAAUUUGUGAUGAUACUCCAGAUUCUGAUCUAUUUGAUUCAGAUGAAGAAUGUCUUAAAUAUCAAACUCAAAAUGAAACUUGUACAAUAAUUGCAAAAGCGGGAGGUCAAGGGUGUGUUUAAAAAUAGCCAGUUUGUUCGAAUUACAAGACAUCUAAUUAAUGCCAUAAAACUUUAUCAAAUUUAAAUGCUUAAGAUGAUUGUAAAUGGAUUAAUGGAAUAUGUUAUUCAUUGUCAACUUUUGCAACAGGAGCUUGUUCUACGUUUAAAGGAACAUAAGAUAUGUGCAAAGCUUAUAGAUUGGGAUGUACAAACGUAGCUAAUGCUAAUUGUACUUUAAAAAUUGGAAGUGGAUUGACAUUCUAAGAUUGUUAAAAUAUGGAUCCAACUUGUUCGGUUAAAAAGGAUGGUAGUGGUUGUAUUGUAAUUUAAUCUACAUGUGCAGGAUAUGGAACAACAGAUGUAAAUUGUUAUAAAUCAAAUGCAACUGGAACACAAGCAAAUUGUCUCAUGAAUAAAGCCACACCACCAAGUUGUUAAUCAGUGAGUUCAGCGUCUGAUUGUGCACUUGUAAGUGGAUCAGGACUUGAUCAUGCUAAAUGCUAAGCAUAUAAUAUUGCAUGUACAUCUUUAGGUAAUGGAAAUGGGUGUUAAGAAGUUAAGGCAAAUUGCACUGCUUAUACUGGUAAUGCUGAUAAUUGCACAGUAUCAUAAUAAGGACAAUGCUUUUUAAAUGGUUCUGAUUGUAUUCGUUUUUCUAAUUGCUUUUCAAUUACUGGAACAAACCUUACUCAUGAAAUCUGUAGUUCCUAUAACACUGAUUGCACAGUAAAUAAAUAAAAAACAGCAUGUUAAGAUAAGAGAGCCACAUGUGAUUUAUACAGAUCUCAAGAAUAAUGCACCGUAUCUGCAGCUGAAUCCAAAGAAAGUUAAUGUGUCUGGAGUGGUACAGCAUGUCUUGCUGUUAAAGUAGUUGCUACUGAUUGUUCCUACAUAACUGGAACAAACUUGACCAAUUCAUUUUGCGCUACAUACAAUGAUAAUUGCACUUUAAAUUAUGAAAAGACAGCCUGUUAGGAGAAAAAAGCUUCAUGUGGUUUAUAUUCAACUAAAAGUUCAUGUACUCUAUCAUAGGUGACUGGAUCAGCAGGCAAAUGUUUAUGGAAUAAUGGAGGGUGUACUUUUAUGACAUCACUCACUAAUUUUGCUAAUUCUAUUUUUGGGACUAAAAUAACAAAUGCAAGAUGUGAAUAGUUCCAUCCAGCAUUUGCAGUAACAAAAGUAGAAUAUGGCUGCUUUGUAAAAAAAAGUUCAUGUAGUAUGUACACAGAAGACUAUUGUACAACAUCCUCAGCAUCAGGCACAGCAGCAUAUUGUUUUUGGGAUGGUUCAAAAUGUUAGCCACACACAUCUAGUUCUCUAUGCAAAUCUUUUACAGGAGAUCAAUUACCUGAGAGUUAUUGCCCUUCAGCUAAUCCAUUGUGUACAACAAAAUUAACGAGAGACGGUUGUUAUCAACAGAAGGCUAAUUGUUCAGAUUAUGGUGUUGAAGGUGAUUGCUAAUAAUCAUUAGCUUCUGGUACAGCAGGAUUUUGUAUAUGGACUGGUUCAACUUGCACUUAUGUGACAGACCCUGCCAAUCAAUGUACUAAAGUUAACACCACUAUUAUUACUACAGAGACACUUUGUGCUAGUUAUCAUGCUUCUUGUAUUCCUUACUUUGGUGAAGGAGGAUGUCAAUAGAUUCAAUCAAAUUGUGCUUCAUACUUAGCUAAAAACUCCUGUUAUAAAUCAUUGAACGAAGGUUAUUGUGCUUGGAUAAAUAACAGUUGUAUACAUAUAACAAGCCCGAGUCAAUGUGCUUCAGUUUCUGGUUCUAAUUUGACUAGUACUUAUUGCAAUGGAUUACAUGAAGAAUGCUGGACAACUUUAAGAAAAAAUGGUUGCUAUUAGAUGAAAAAUACUUGUGCAGAAUACUUAACGAAUGACAGUAUUUGUGUUAGAAGUAAAAAUGAAGGACUCUGUGGUUGGUUCGAUACUUCUGGGUGUUAUAAAAUAACAUCUCCAAGCUAAUGCGAUACCAUGGUCAUAAUGUAGAUAGACCCCAAUUUUAAAACAACAGAUGCCUUCUGCGCUACUUUUCAUCCUGGCUGCAUUGCAAAUAUCAGUAAAAUGGGUUGUUAAGAACUGUUAGCAAGUUGUUCAUCAUAUAAAGAUUUAGAUAAAUGUAUUUAAGCUGGAAAUUCACAAGUUAAAAUGGAACUUGCAAUUAGAUAAUAGAUCCUGCUAAUCAAUGUGCCAAUAUUCCAUUUUCAAUUAAUAUAACUGACGCCGAAUGUGCAUCCUAUUCUAGUGGUUGCACUGUCAAAAAAACAUAAAAUUACUGUCAAGUAAGAAAAGCAGUUUGUGCGAAUUAUACAACAAAUAUUGAUUGUACAUAUUCAGCUGCUGCACCUCCUUACCAAUUUAUGUGUUUUUAUCAAUUCUAAUUGUGUUGUUGCAAGAGAAUUGUUAACUGAUUGUGCUGCCAUUACUGCAACUUCAGGUUUGACUGAUACCGAUUGCUCUGAGUAUAACCCUACAUGCGUAUCAAAUAAACCUGGAACUGCUCGUUAAGAUAAAAAAAGCUCAUGUUCUGAUUACCAAAAUUAAGAUUAAUGUACUGUUUCCUCAAGUUCUAAAUGCAUUUGGAAAUCUAGUUGUAUUUCUAUUAAUAAUGCUUCUACUGACUGUGUAUAUGUAGUUGGUACAAAUUUAACUCAUGAUAUUUGUGUCUCUUAUAACGUUGGAUGCACAGUAAAUAAAACAGGAACCUCUUGUUAAGAAAUGAAAAACACUUGUGCAGAGUAUACAAAAAGUGACAACUGCACUAGGUCGUAAGAUUCUGGAACAUCAAGUAAUUGUGUCUGGCAUUCUACAUGCACUUCUGUCACCAAUGCUAGUACCGAUUGUGGUUAUGUAACUGGUAUCAAUCUGACCAAAGAUGUAUGUGCUUUAUAUAAUGAUAAUUGCACGGUUAAUUAUUCAGGAACUGCUUGUUAGGAAAAGAAAUCCAGUUGUUCAGCUUAUACUUUGAAAGAAAAUUGUUCAGCAAAUUGCAUAUGGGAUGAAGCAUUAAAAUGCAUUUCUGUCUCAGAUCCUUCUACUUAAUGCAGCUUAGUGAAUGGAAAGACAGGACUCAACCUUGACAUGUGUAAAUUAUAUCAUAGUGAAUGUGUUAAUUUAAAGGAUGGUACUGCAUGUUAACACGUAUAGGCAGAUUGUAAGAAUUAUACAACUUAAAAUUAAUGUGUUGCAAUAAGUAAUGGUACUUCCUGUUUAUGGUAUGAAAAUUCUUGCUACAAAAUAACAGGAACAACUUGUAAUAAAAUUACUGGGACUAGUCUAAAUCAUAAUAUAUGUUAGUCAUAUAACAAAGAGUGCACUUCAGUAAGUGAUGGCACUUAAUGUUAAGAUUAUAAGUCAACAUGCGAAUAGUAUGUAGGAACAACUGAAUCUUGUAUUUAAUCUGUAAAUGGAAAAUGCUACCUCUAUAAUUCAAAUACUUGCAUUACUAUUUUAAAUGUUUCUACCGAUUGUGCUAAGAUUACAGGUGUAUCAUUAACUUAUGAAAUAUGUUAAUCAUAUAAUUUGGGAUGCAGUGUUAAUAGAGCCAAAACUGCUUGUGUUUAAAAAGCAGCUUAAUGUUCUGGAUAUUCAACUGCUAUGAGUGGUUGCUAUCAAGCAGGAGAAGGAUUAUGUAUUGCAUCCAGUAGUAAUGAUUCAGCAUGUGUGCCUGCCUCAAGUUCCUCUACCUGUGAAAACGUAUUUUUAGGAACAGGCAAUUAUACUCAUGAUAAUUGUAGUACAAUGAAAACUGGAUGUACUGUAAAUGGAAGUACAGGAUGUAUGGCUAGAACUUGUGCAAAUGCCACAGGUUUUACAUUUAAUCAUGAUAAUUGUUAUUCUUGGUUGAAAACUUGUACAGUAAAUUAGACUAAUAAUGGUUGCACUAUCAUGACUGCCAAAUGUUCAGAUUAAUCAUCUACUUAAUGUCUAAAUGCAAUAGAAGGAGUGUGUCUAGUGUUUAAUUCUAUUUGUAUUAGAAAAGGAUGUGAUACAGCUCCAUCAGAUGCUUCUCAUGAUGAUGAUACAGAAUGUUCUAAUUAUUCAUAGGCUUGUACAGUUGCAAGAGCAGGUGGAUGUCAAGUAAGAACUGCAUGUUCAUUAUAUAAAUCAUCAUUAUAAUGUAAAUUAGAUAUGAAUGAUAAAAAAUGUUUCUGGAAUCCUUCUGUUAAGACAUGUGUUGAUUUGGCUUGUGCAAAUAUAGAGGUUUCAAAUUUAUAUAAUACUCAUGCUAAAUGCUUUGCAGUUGAUUCAAAUUUAGGUUGUACAGUCAGAGCACUUAAUAAAGUAGUUGCUCCUGGUUGCAUGGCAAGAGGACCAUGUAGUUCAUAUACUAUUAAAGAUUAAUGCAUAACUAAUGCUAGUGGAAUAGAUUGUGCUUGGAAUACAAGUAGUAGUUUACCUGAACCUGCUUGCUAGGAUAAGUCAUGUACAACUGCUCCUAGCUCCACAUUAACUCACAAUGAUUGCUUCAAUUAUUAUAAUACAUCAACUAUUAAAUGUACUGUGUAUGCUAUUCCAGAUGCUAAUGGUGGAUAACCAAUUCUAAGAGGAUGUUAAUAAACUGCAGCCUGUUCAACUUAUAUUGAUAGUGAGUAAUGUAAAAUAAAUGCUGCUGGUGAUCCUUGUGGAUGGAAUGGAAAAGAAUGCAAUGAUAAAUCUUGUUCCACUGCUCCUGCUACAUCAGAAUAUGACGAUAAUACAAAAUGUAGAGCUUAUUUGAACAAUCAAUGCACAGUAUCAUCAGAAGGAUAAGGUUGUAUAGAUAUUCCAGAGAGUUGUGAGUCAAUGAAUUAGAAACAAUGUUAUUUCAAUAGUACUGGACAAUCCUGUUAUUGGACUGGAACAGAGUGUAUUACUAAAUCUUGUGAAAAUGCUCCAAUAGAAACAGCUACAGCUGAACAAUGCAAUAACUAUUUAUAUGGAUGUACAAUAGAUGUUAUAAAAUGCAAAAUUAAAAUCUGCGAAGAUUAUGUUUUAACAACUGAUGAACAAUGUAGUUAUGCGUUAUCUACAUGUACUACAAAUGGUGUUAAUUGUGUUACCAGAGGAACAUGUGUUUAAGCUUAAAAUAAAGCUGGAUGUGUUGUAUCUUCUACUGGAUAAUCUUGUGAAUGGAUACCUGAUGUCGUAAAUUCUCAAAAUGUUGUAACUACUGCAGCAUAUUGUACAAUUAAAACUUGUAAUACUGCCCCAAUUAGUUUAUAGACUGAUGUAGAUUGUGGAAAGUAUUUUACAAAUUGUACAACUAAAAGUGGAGGAGGUUGUGUUACUAAAUCAAGUUGUUCUGCUGCCUCUGUAAAUGCUGCUUGUAUAACUGCAUUAAACGGUACAAUAUGUGUAUGGGAUAAUACAUUAAAUAAAUGUAGAGAUAAAGAUUGUUAAGAUUUUAUAGGAACAACUCACACCAUUUGUUAAACUUAAAGAUAAGGAUGUACUGCUGGACCUAAUGGUAGAUGUGCUAGAGUUUAAAGUUGUGAAUUAACUACUAUUAGAGAAGCUUGUAUUGAAGGUACAAAUGGACCAUGUUUAUGGAUUGAGAAGUUUGUCAAUAAUGAUGGGUCAAAAGGAGCUUGUUUUGCAUAUACAUCAUGCAAGAGUUUAGCUUGGAAUAGUGAUGAAUCUUGUAAAUUAAUAAGUAAUAAAUGUACAACUAAUGGAACUAAUUGUAUUGGAAUUACUACAUGUACUGAGACAAAUAUUGAUGGUGGAUGUGUUACAGGGUAUGAUGGAUCUUGCAUUUAAUCUGUUCCUGCUUUGAAUUCUUCUGAUCCUAAGAUUUGUAAACCAUUUAAAUCAUGUGCAGAUGCCUUUUAUGCAACUCAUAAAGAUUGUUAAAUUGCUAAUAAAAAAUGUACAACAGAUGGAACUACUGGUUGCAUUCCUUUAGGUGCAUGUUCAACUUAUAAAUCUUAACCAGGAUGUUAGAUAAAUGAUAAAGGAUAUGUAGUUGAAUCUGGUGUUAUAACUUCAACAGGUGUUUGUACUUGGGAUAUGAGUACAAGUGUUUGUAGAGAUUAAAUUUGCUCUGAUUUGAAUGGUGUUACUGAUUCAAUUUGUAAUUCUUAAUUAUCAACAUGUACUUCAGAUGGUACUAAAUGUUUACUUAAAACAAAUUGUUCUAGUUAUUAUACCUAAGUUAUUUGUUCAUCAGCUGUUGGAAAUGAUGGACUUUGUUUUUGGGAAGUUGGUUCUGCUUCAAAUAAUAAUACAGCCAAAUGUAGAUUACUCUCUUGUGCUGAUAUUCAAAAUGGAACAUCCAUUAGUAUUUGUUAAGCUGCUUUACCAUCAUGCAUUUCAAAUGGAACUGUUUGUAUCCCAAAGGCCAAAUGUUCAACUUACACAACUAAAACAGCAUGCAAUUUUGGUGGAUUAGAUGGAAUUUGUGUAUUUACAUAAUCAACUUCUGCAUAGGCUGUGCCUGAUAGUGGAACUUGUUCUUUAAUGAAUUCAUGUUCAUCUCGCAAAUAAUGA